AUGUUGACUCUUUAUUGUCUGGUCUGGAUCUUCAUCCUCAUCUCCCUUAUACCCAUGUCUUGUAAUGAAGAUAACCGAUGUAGACUGGAGGACCGGGGGCUCGAAGGGAUUCUCCAGCCUGGAGAUAUAAUCAUCGGGGCCGUGCUACCUGUCCGCGUGGCCGAUACCUUCCAGCAGGUUUCUUUUACCAAAACCCCUCAGAGAACAACCUGUAACGGCUUCCACUUUGGUUACUUCCAGCAAUUUCAAGCUCUUCUGUUUGCCAUAGAAGAAAUCAACAGAAAUGAAGACAUCUUACCGAACAUGACCUUGGGAUUCCACUGGUACGAUUCUUGUGGGGUGAUGCCGGUAAACAUAGCGGCUACAUUACAAGUCCUAUCAGGAGGGAAGACAGCCAUCCCCAAUUACAAAUGUCUUCACCAUUCUCCUCUGAGCGGAUUCUUAGGUUCGUCCUCAUCCACAUUGUCUAUAGCUGUUGCCCGCAUCUUGGGCCUCUACAAAUACCCUCAGGUGAGCUAUUAUGCUACCAGCUCUCUCCUGAGUGACCGGGUGAAAUUUCCCUCCUUCUUCAGGACUGUCCCCAGUGAUGCCUUCCAGUCUAAAGGACUUGCAGAACUCGUACUACACUUUAACUGGACGUGGGUUGGGUUACUUGGGGUGGAUGAUGACUAUGGACAACUGGGCGUACAAUUGGUGAAACAAGAGAUAAUCAGGGCUGGGGCCUGUGUAGCCUUCACCGAGAAUAUUCUGACUAGUAGACAAGACCGGAACGCACCACACAUAGUUAAAGUCAUGAAAAUGUCAACUGCAAAAGUAGUGAUUGUCUUCUCUGCUGGCCUUGAUUUAGUCCCCAUCUUGACCGAGAUGAUAAGAGAGAACAUAAGGGACAAAAUAUUUGUUGCUAGCGAAGGGUGGUCGGUAACCAGUCUACAGAAGAUGAGGAGCUUCGCCCAAGUCUUAUACGGGACGGUCGGCUUAGCCUUCUACAACGGGUUGAUGCCAGGAUUUCAAGAAUUUCUAAACAAAAUUCAUCCAAACAUGACAUUAGGAGGCAACUUGGUGAAGACGUUUUGGGAAGAAGCCUUCAAUUGUACGUUUUCAAUUGAGAGGAAUUUGGAACCCCAAAAAAAGGUUUGUACAGGUGCGGAAAGGCUGGACACCAUCCAGAACAGCUACAACGAUGUCUCCAAUCUAAGGAUUUCUUAUAAUAUCUACACUGCAGUUCUUGUUCUGGCCAAAGCUUUAGAAGAUCUAAGGAAAUGCAGCAACUGGGAAGGUCCAUCCAGUAAGGGCUGGUGUGCAGGUAUACAAAACUUCGCUCCUUGGAAGAUCCUGCACCACAUGAAGAAGGUAAGAGUACUUUUAAUGAGUAAUGAAAGAGAACUUUACUUUGACAAAAAUGGAGACCCACCUGCAGUCUAUGACAUUGUCAAUUGGCAGCAGAGUUUGAGCAAUACCAUGAGCCCUGUCAAAGUUGGCAGCUAUGACACCACAGCAUCUUUUGGCCAACUUUUUACCAUCAACUCAAGUCUACUGCUUUGGGCAACUGAAGACAAGCAGUCAGUACCUACAUCGGUUUGUAGUGAGAGUUGUCCUCCAGGAUUUAGAAAGGCCUCCAUCAGAGGACAACCUGUCUGCUGCUUCCAAUGUGUCCCCUGCCCACAAGGAGAAAUCUCCAAUCAUACAGAUUCUAAUGGUUGUCAUUCAUGUCCAUGGAACGAGUGGCCAAAUCUGCAGAAGACCAGAUGCCUUGAAAAACACAUCGACUACCUUUCCUAUCAUGACCCAUUGGGUGCAACCUUAUCGGGUGCCUCAGUCUUUUCCUCCAUCAUUCCUAACUUAAUACUGAGGCUUUUUAUUCAAAAUAAAACAACUCCCAUAGUAAGAGCCAACAACUACGUCCUAAGUUGUCUUCUUCUUGUGUCCUUGUCCUUUUGCUUCCUGUGCUCUUUGGCUUUUAGUGGUUACCCCCAGACCGAGAAGUGUCUUCUACGCCAAGCCGCUUUUGGACUGGUUUUUACCCUCUGCAUAUCUUGCAUUUUGGCUAAGACCAUUAUGGUAGUGAUCGCCUUCAUGGCCACAAGACCUGGCAGUAUUAUAAAGAAAUUGACUAAACCUCAAGUGUCCUACUGGAUUAUUUUUACCUGUUCCUUGUUACAAUUUAUCUUAUGUAUCUUGUGGUUGUCCCUAGCUCCACCAUUCCCCCAAUAUAACAUAGAAAGCCAGCCCACACUCAUUGUUAUUGAAUGUAACGAAGGGUCACCCAUCGCCUUCUGGAUCAUGUUGGGUUAUCUCUUCCUUCUGGCCACCAUAAGUUUCAUUGUUGCUUUCCUGGCCCGAAGACUUCCCGACCGCUUCAAUGAAGCCCAGUAUAUUACAUUCAGCAUGUUGGCCUUCCUCAGUGUCUGGAUAUCUUAUAUCCCAGCCUCCCUCAGUGCCCAGGGCAAGUACACAGUAGCUAUGGAGAUCUUUGCCAUCUUGACAUCCAGUUGGGCUCUGGUGCUCUGCAUGUUCUUUCCAAAAUGCUUUAUUAUACUAUUCAGACCUGACAUGAACUCUAGAGAAAACCUUAUUAGGCGAGACAGAGACCAAUAA